UGUGAUGACGUCAGGAGCGGCUUGAGCUUUUUGGGUUCCGAUUCCUUUCGGGUUCCUGAGCUGAGGAGGAGGAGGGGGUGCGCGGUAGGCCAUGAUGUUACAGAUUAUUGGCUCUGUGGAUGAGGAAGACGAGCAAGCGGAGGAGGAUUGUCCUGAGUUGGUCCCCAUUGAAACGAAGCAUAACGAAGAGGAAGAAAAGUCUAGCCCCGGCGCCAAGAUCCCAGUCACAAUUAUCACCGGGUAUUUAGGUGCUGGGAAGACAACACUUCUGAACUACAUUUUAACAGAGCAACAUAAUAAAAGAGUAGCUGUUAUUUUGAAUGAAUUUGGGGAAGGAAGUGCAGUGGAGAAAUCCUUAGCUGUCAGCCAGGAUGGAGAACUCUAUGAAGAGUGGCUAGAACUUAGAAACGGUUGCCUCUGCUGUUCAGUAAAGGACAAUGGUCUUAGAGCUAUUGAGAAUUUGAUGCAGAAGAAGGGAAAAUUUGAUUAUAUACUGUUAGAAACCACAGGAUUAGCAGAUCCUGGGAUUUACAGUUAUAAAUUUCCCACUGUGCAUUGCCUUCCUACAUCCCGUGCUGUGGCUUCUAUGUUUUGGGUUGAUGCUGAAUUAGGGAGUGAUAUUUAUCUUGAUGGUAUCAUAACUGUUGUGGACUCAAAAUAUGGAUUAAAACAUUUAUCAGAAGAAAAAGCUGAUGGCAUUAUCAAUGAAGCUACUAGGCAGGUUGCCUUGGCAGAUAUCAUCAUCAUCAAUAAAACAGACUUGGUUCCAGAAGAGGAUUUACACAAAUUAAGAACAACCAUUAGAUCAAUGAAUGGAUUAGGAAAAAUUUUGGAAACACAAAGAUCAAGAGUUGAUCUCUCUAAUGUAUUAGAUCUUCAUGCCUUUGACAGUCUCUCUGGAAUAAGUUUGCAGAAAAAACUUCAGCAUGUGCCAGCAACACAACCUCAUCUUGAUCAGACUAUUGUUACGAUCACAUUUGAAGUACCAGGAAAUGCAAAGGAAGAAAGUUUAAAUGUAUUUAUUCAGAAUCUCCUGUGGGAAAAGAAUGUGAGAAACAAGGACGAUCACUGCAUGGAGGUCAUACGACUAAAGGGGCUCGUGUCAAUCAAAGACAAACCACAACAAGUGAUUGUUCAAGGUGUCCAUGAACUUUAUGAUCUGGAGGAAACUCUGGUGAGCUGGAAAGAUGACACUGAGAGGACAAAUAGAUUAGUCCUUAUUGGCAGGAAUUUAGAUAAACAUAUCCUUACACAACUAUUUAUUGCUACUGUGGCAGAACCAGAAAAGCAGUGGACAGCACAUUUCAAUGAAGAUCAAGGUCAUCCGUAACAGAAGCAUUUCUUAUUAAAAGGACUAAAUGAAAAAAAAAAAAAGGGAAUAAGUUUCCUAUUGGGUGUAGUUCAAACAUCUGUUGUUUUA